UGAGGGCCGUCCGUCGCCGUGCCGCUUAUAGCUAUCGGAUCGAUUCGGAAGAUGUGAUCGCUUUGUUUACUGGCAAGGGCGACCAACAACGAGGGAGAAGCCGGCGUCAAAGUGAAAGUUUUGAUGGCUGAUUUGGGUCGCCGCUGAUAACGAAAUAAGGAGAGGAUUCACGUUUGCUCUUUCACUGCUCCUUAUUUUUCCUUUCCUUUUUUUUUGGCUGUUCUUCGCUCUUUGUGUCUGGUGGACGAAGGGAUACGUGUGAAUGGCUGGGGUUUCCGGUUCGUCUCGUCGCCGUCGUUGUCGUCGUUCCUGCUGGACGUCAAACAGUCUCACUUACACAAGCAGUGCACCUACGUACGGCGGAGGUUACCAGCUAGGGUCAGGUUUCGUUCUCUCAUCUCGCCCUGGCAGGAGCGGCUGCUGCUGCUGCUGCAACUCUAUCGAACUACACUUGCAGCGCAGCAGUACGCGCUUUCAACCAGAGCCCGCGCCUACAUUUGCUCGCUCCAGAGCCGUGAAAAAAAAAAAAAAAAAAGCAAAUUUCAGAAGUCUUUUUCCUUUUGUCCGGUCUCUUUCAAUCUCUUUUUCGACAUUUCAAAUUUUUGUCUUUUUGCCUUUCAUCGUCUGAUUGCGAAGAAUUCUGUGGGCAGGCGGCAACCGCUCCGGCUGCUCCUGUCGCUUUUCUUCUAUCAUGAAAAGUGGCGAGAG